AUGUUAGAGGAAGAACAACAAUUAAGAAUUCAAAAUGGAGAUACGAAACUACAAGAACAGUUAAAUAAGCAAUUUAUAAUAAUUAAAGGUGAACCACAAUUUUUCUAUGGUGAACCAUUCGAAGAAGGUCUUUUAAUUGAACCAACCUCAGCACACACUGAAAACAACACUUUUCCAAAUGAAGAUUCAGAAAAAACAUUUUCUCAUCAAAGUGAAGAUAAUAAACCGUUUUCAUGUGAUAUUUGUACAUUUCCCCGCAAAACUAAUUUAAUUGCACAUUAUCGAAUUCAUACCGGAGAGAAACCGUAUUCAUGCGAUGUUUGUAAUAAGAAAUUUGCCUGCGGCGACUAUUUAGUUAAACACAAACGAACACAUACGGGAGAAAAACCAUUUUCAUGUGAUAUUUGUAAAAAAGCAUUUACCUGUCGAAAUAAUUUAACGGUGCAUUUACGAGUUCAUACCGGAGAGAAACCAUAUUCAUGCGAUGAUUGUGAUAAAACAUUUACUGUUAAUCAGCAACUAGUUCUGCAUAAAAAAAUGCAUAGUGAGAACAAAAGUUGA